AUGGCACCCAAGCUUUCGAAAAGUGACAAGCAGGAUCUGAUCCUGACUCACCUCCGCGCCACUGGCACCUGUCAUACGUUGAAAGAUCUGGAAAAGACGCUACCCACGGUGGCCUCGAUCAAUAGCAUCCAAGUCAAAGAAUACAUCCAGGCGCUCACCGAUGAAAACAAUCUACGAGUCGAAAAGAUCGGCAGCGGGAAUUGGUACUGGAGUUUCGGAAGUGAUGAAAAGCACGAGCGCGAGCGCCAGUUGGCCUGGGUGAAGGCGGAUGUGGAGAAAGCUCGGAAAUCCUGCACCGACGCUGAGGCGGGCCUGGCCGCCGAAUCCACGAAGCGUCAACAGGAAUGCGACGAUACCAGCUGCGAUGCAGAGCGCGAGACCCUGCAAGGCAAGAAAGCCAACCUUCGAGAGGAAAUGUGCCGGCUCCAAGCUGCAAAGAUGUCUGCGACUGACUCGGUGAGCAACAAGGGCGUGCAGCAGCUACAGGCGGAGCUAGCGGGGUUUCGGGAACAGGCGCUUCAGUGGACCGAUAAUACUUACGUGCUGGAGGAGUAUCUGCGCAGAUUGGCUGGUGGGAACGGGGAGCUUGUCGAAGCGAUUCUGCGUGAAUGUUAUGGGGAUGAGUACGUGGACGGUGAAGGCCUACAAGAGUUGUGA